UUACCUUUUUUUGUUUCUAUCUGUGCAGCACUUCUCGACUGUCCUGUACUUUUUGUCCAAAUGUGUCUUUGGUACAACUGUUUUCGUUCAGGACGCCACUGACUCCUACGCCCUCUCCCGACCUCGUGAGUCAGUAGCCCUUCAGUGCGGCGCGUAGUGCUCUUUUGUCCUUCAGACGCCUGCUAUCUUCAGCAACUAUGGCGGCAGUUCACUGCCUGUGACCAUGCCAGUCGGAGAGUCGGUUUCCCUCUAGACUUUGCUUGAUUUUUGGCUGCACUGGCUUCUCUCCUGAGAAAACCGGCGGACUUUUUCCUCAUUUGAGACUCGUGUCGCGUCCAGGAACGUUCGUUCCAGGGCCAAAACUGGAGGUGCGCAAGUUAGCAGACUCACGGACACUCUCGGGCAUACAUCCGUUUUUGCCCCGGGACCGGCACAGCCAUUUUUCCCCAAAAAUCAGUUGAAGCCAUGGAGUCAACUGCUGCCCUUGCAAUGACGCCACAGCCUCUCCUGUCGUCUCCGUACUCUUCUGGGAACCUGUCAAAUGCGUCGCCUGCUGGUUCCUCUUUUCCUGUCGACCACACAAAAACUGGCCAAAAGCGGUCGCACUUCGGAGCCAAUAACUGCGUGGACGGCAGCGGGAUAGAGUUUUCCUCUCUUCAAGUUGCAACAGAGUCGACGUGCUCGCCGACUGUUUCAGUCCCCGACUCUACUGCUGAGAGCGAAUGCCCGCCGACGCCGUGCGGUGACUUAGGGGAAGGCGCAACAGUGGCCUCGCAGCCGCCUGCUGUGACAUCGGACACUAAUGUUGACGGCCAGACAACAAGCGCCGCUCAACUGCACGGUCAAAGGUGUAGACUCGCUGCUCCUCCUCAUCUCAGUGAAUCGGGAGCAACUGCAAGCCAGCCCGCUUGCCAUUCCGACCAACAGCGCGUCGAUGUAGCCGUCAUCGGUGCCGGCCUUGCCGGUUUAACUGCCGCGCUUGCAGUGCACAGAAAAACAGGGAGGGUUGUCCACGUCUAUGAGAAGGAAGACGCGGACCAGUGGAUUUCUUCGUCCUCUGCUGCAUUUGGGGCCUCCCCCGGCUCACGGGGAGAAAGUGGAACACUGCAGGAAGAGUACGAAGCCCGCGAAAUAUUGCUGCGAACAAAUGGGUUGGACGCCCUAAGGUGCAUAGAUGAGCAGCUUGCAUGUGAUGUCUUGGAAUGCGGGCACAUUGUAUAUUCCGACUGUCUCGACGUCUUCGACUUCGAUGUGGAGGCCACUGCUUCCAGCUUGGUGUUUGGAAUUUACUGGUCAGAUCUCCAACAAAUCCUCUAUAGACACUGCCAACAGUACCCGAACGGGAUUUUUUUCUGCUUCAAAAAACAUCUUAAAUGUGCUCUGUCAAGCCACACCCCUCCACCUUCUUCCUCAGAAGCGGACUCCACAAUGAUUGUUUCCCUGUGCGCUUCCUCACUGUCGCCGCCGUCCACUGUCUCGACUGCGUCGUCAACUGGUACCCCAACUGCAUCGUCACCCGGUUUCGUGAAUUUUACGGGAGGUGGCGCUGAAAGUGGAGAAUCUGACGCAAGUAAAUGCUCCGGAAAGGGACGAUCAAGGACCACCCAUGAUCCAUCUCACCUUUCCCGUACGGAAAACUACAGCAGUAGUACAGCAGAUAAACACAACGCGAGGGAUUGUCCCCAUGUGAAGCACGAAACCACACAUAAGAAAUACAGCGGCGUGUCCCUCUCUUUCUAUAAUGGUGGCGAUGUCGAGGCAAAAUUGGUGAUCGGUGCGGACGGCCCCUGCUCCUCCGCACGCGGCGAUUCUGAUGAGCUCUUGCCUCACUACAGAGAAGACAGCACCGACGCAUCUGCUGUGAAAAUUCCUCUACAGCAGUCCCGGUUUGAUUGGCCGCGGAUACAGUAUCAGGGGCUCGCUGAAGUGAGUGUCGACGAGCCGGAUCUGACUCGGAACAUCUGGCUGUUUCACAAGGAAACAGGGUCGCACAUCUCCGUCAUCAAAGCUCUCGGGCCCAAUAUCUUGACGUGGUCGAUAACGCAGCAGGCCCAGGACUCUGAAGCAGCAGAAAACUCGCAUGAAGUGAAUGCAAAGCAGCGUGCGCUUUCUGUAGUUUCCAGUAUUCUGAACGGCGCCACAGGCAAGGCCCGAAAUGUGGCGGGACUGCUUCUUCGAGUGAUCGACCGGACGUCUGACGAGGAUAUCCAGGUCCUAAGGCUACAUCCUCCUGCGCGUUCGAGCUGUCGUUGGACUCGCCUUGAUGACCAGCUCGUUCUUGUUGGAAAUGCUGCUCACCCAAUUUCUCCGAACAUCGGGCAAAGCCACGAUCUGACAAUAGAAGACGCAGUACAGCUUGCCUACUGUCUGAGCGACUGGGAGCACAACGAUAGCAUCGCAGCUCAACGCUUUGCAAGGAUACGGAAACAGUCACUCGUGCACGUCAUUAAGCUCAGUGAAGCGGUUCACGCGAACAUGUGGCUUAAUAAUAUGGAGCAAUGCGACGAAUCAGUGCAUGAAAUGGAGACAGAGACGCCGUCUGAUGCAGCUCUGUUCACUAGAGCAAACUUUGUUCCAGUCCGCAGCAUCUUAUGGGCCCAAGACAGUCAAGAGCUGAUGGAGAACGCCCAACUUGAGACAGAAUACAUGUAGGUUGGCGACAUGUAAACCACAGAGCCCACGUUUCCUGAACACGCAGCUUUCGGAAGGGGAGAAGGGAAGCGAUGCUUCGCUGGUCACGGGAAAAAGGUAUGGCGUAAGUAUCUCGUUGGAAAGUGGACGAGGAGAAGGGGGAGGACUCCGUCAUCGUUUGCACAAAACCUACCAGGCUUUUACAGGCGCUUUGCCACAAGCGUCUUCUGCUCUAGUCUGUCAUAAAUCUACCUCAUCUGUCCUUGCCCAUGUGCCUGCCCUGUAUAUGCAUGCUGCCACGCGCACAGUCUCUCCUCUUCUUCGGGGGCAUUCCCGCGAAUUCCUUUCCGUUCUUUUCUGUAGACGUGCCUCCUUCUGAGUUCCUCUUGCCAUUUUCGGUUCGUGACUAUGUUUGGCCCAAUGUCGAAAUAGAAGCGUGCGGGAGCCGCUGGCGCGCUGCCAAACUUCUCCCUGUAGAUCGACGCAUAAAGAGCGAAGAAUCUUGACCCUUCAGAUAGUAAAACGAAAUAGGCAAUAAGUGCACAAAGUCGCCAUGGGAGCGUCUUUCGAUGUAUGUGGUAGUUAGUUCUCGUUCCUCUUCCUGGACGCAGCUCAACUGGUCGCGUGAAGAGAGACGUUCUUUACAGAGGCGGUAUGUAGCAGAAGAGCGAAGCCUGCAACUCCCCCUUUUACACGCUUUGCCCCCCCCUGUCAUCCCCCGCCACAGUCCUCGCUCUGCAAUCCCUGCUGAGAUUGUCUUGACGAUUUUCAUUUCCAGUGAUUCAAUUCUUCCCGCCAGUGUUGCCAACCCGUGAAUGCAACCGCUUAUAGCAUCCUCCCAGUUUGCACGUGCAUAUCCGAGUGUGUACGGACACAUUUUCGUAUGUGUGGCCAGUCUUUUGUGUGCCUGCGCAUCCCAGUGAAGAAAUGAUUUGGGCACAGUGGAACGUCUCGAGUGUUUCCCUGCUAUUGUCAUCCAAGUUUUUUCUCGUAUAGUUUUCAAGAAGCAUUAUGGGCUGCUGUCUCGAAACUGCGCGCCGCGUGUUCGAGACUGGCUUCUGGUGAUGUUCUGCGUGGCAUACGGCUCCUGCAAUCCCUGAGACGUGGGACGACCACCAUUACACAAAUGUAUACAUAUAUGUAUUUCAGUGUUCAUAGACGCUCAGUUUACACACCAUACGUAUAUGUUGCAUAUGCAACUGAUGUCUGGAUGUGUGUGGAUCUGCUACAAGCAGAGGGGUGGUGCGUUGUGGUUGCUGGCAACCGUUUUUUCGCGUUGGUUUUCCCCCAUUAUUCAUCCCUAUCAUCGUCAUGCUCGGUACAGGAAAUAUCCUGAGCGCUGUAAAUUGAAGGUGUGGAGGGGAAAACCAUGAGUUUAAGUUUGCAGGUUGGAGAAAGGAGUCGUAUUGCCGUUCUCAGCUAGAUCACAAAACAGGCUGACAUAGAUGAAGGCGAGGUUUUUUUGCACAUCCGGAAUUGAUAGGAGAGAGCUGUACGUUGUGGAAAUGCCAUGAGUAGAUGAGUGGGUGCGCGGUGACAGCGGCGAUGUUGCAUGUCCUAAAUUUGUGGGCAGAAGGUGGAAGAACAUGUUCAACAAUGCAGUGAAAUUAUUGAGUGGCAAGCGGACUCAUUGCCAGCAUCGUCGGUAAUUGAGUGUUAUAACUUCUUAACGGAUCCGUUCAGCCGUUUGCACAUUACCGACUCGAGCGUCAAGAGCUACACGAACAACCAUCAUUGGGGUUCAAAAGCUGCGUCAUUUCCACCGUUAUUUUCCUAAAUACUGCAACCACUCUUCAUCAUCUGUUGUCGCAACGUACGUACCCCACUUACGAAGUUGUGGUAUUCUCUUGAACGCGAUUCACAGCCAUUGAAUACAAUCUCUAAUUUUCUUCCUAAUACGAAGGUGCCGGUCACUGUAGAGCGAAGUUCCCGUUUUCGUUUUAACUGGACACCAGACACC